AUGGACGACGAUUUCAAUAAAGACACAUUUAUACAGGCUAAACUUGGUACUAAACAACGUAUUGCACAGGCAAAGCUCAGAGCGGCUGAGAAAAGAGCUCUUGAAAUUGCUGCAAGACAUGCAGAAACCGCCACUACUCCUUCUCCAUCACCACUUCCCGUAUCGCCUUUCAUCGCAACCUCUACACCAGCCACUUCCAAUUAUGCACCAGACUCAAAUGCUCUCCUUCGGGCGCCGACCACAGAGGUCGAACGCGUGGAGCCGACUAAUUCAAUCAAAGAACUAUCGAAGAAGAUCGAUACCGCUAGGAACUCUGAGCUCCACGAAUUGAUUACGAGAAUGAUGUUAAGAUGUCCAGGAGCAAAAGAAAUCGCCGAAUCCUUUUUUUUAUCCAGUGAAGUUCAAAGCGACGAUGAAGAAGUCGUUGAUAGAGGGAGAAACCACGCCGCAAUGCAAGAGAAUGAAGUGGGGCACGAUGAUAAUCACGUGAUAUACACCAUUGAAUGCGCCACUAGUACUGACUCGAAUGAGGGGAGAAUGCGAGGAGAUACAUUAGGAGUUCAAGCAAAUCCUAAUGCUCAGAGGCAUGCUCCAGAUCGUUCGACUGAUUUUCUGAGCAUAGGGCAAGAAGAUAAUCCAUCAGCUUUACAUCCAGCCAGUCAUCCCAAGCACAACUCGAUGUUUCGCAACAUUAAUGCACCUAAGCAACUGGAUCAACAAAAAAGCCAAUCAGAAUCCAUGCAAAUAGAAGGAUUAGUCGAGAAUCAAAUCUCCACGAACAUUGACGAAAAUUCACAAAAAGACAACACAGCAACUGCUCAGGGAGAGUCGGAAACAGCAUUGACAUCGAAGAACACCGAAAAAGCAUCGAGUAUUCCCAUGAACGAUGCUCCUACAGGAAUUGUUUCGAACACAGCGAUUACAAAUGCACUUGAUACUCUCCCAAGUGGCAUAACUGAAUUACGCGAAACUAGUGCCUUUCACACCCCCUCAAGGGGAACUCCUCAGAUUUCACUCCCGGAAGUAAGCGAAAAUGUGACGGACACUGGCCCUAGUGAGGUAACUACCACCGAUAUCACACAAUUAGCCAAUGAUAUUUCAGCUAGAUAUAUGAAUUUGGCUCGGACUUUUGGUGCUGGAAAUUUUCCUUUCGACAAACUUGCAAGCAUAGCGGCUGAAACUUCACGCAAUGAAUCCACAAAAGAAUUUUCUUUUGAAUCAUUCAACAAUAUUAUUGAUAAUGUUCGGAAAAAUAUCGAGAUAAUGCAGAGAGCCAAUGCCAACCAUGUGGCAUUAGAAAGCAUGAUGACACAAUCAGUUCGGGAACUUUCCAGUGACCCGGGCAGUCCUAUUCCUAUGGAUACAAAUGGACAGGAAUUGGCAAGAAAUUCCGUCUUUAGAGACGGCACAAAUCCGGUCACUCAAGAGACGAUGAUCAGCGCUGAAUCAGCAGAUAGCGAGGAAGAUGAAUAUGUCGACGUUGCCGACAUAAUAAGCAGCCACUACAAUUGUGAUAGCUGUCGAAAACCGAUUGUGUUACCUGAGGGUUUCAUUGUUAGUCUAGAACAUCCAGCACCGACCACAUGUCUCCAUUGCAAGACUCGAAAAGCUUCAGGGAUCACUCGUAGAAAAUUGGGGACAAAAGUUCGAUCGAGUAUUAGUACGGAAGUGCUCGCUAGUGAAACGGAUAAUCAAUCUCCAUCUGAUCAAGUAGCUCAUCGUAGUUCAGAGGAUUCAGGAAAUUCAGAGACAGCGAAUCAACUUGGAAGAACUGUUCCCGACAGCUUUGAGUCACUAUCCGAAUCCUUCUCAGAGCCACUUCCGGGACAAUCUCCAGAACCACUUACGGAAUCUGUUCCAGAGGUUCCUGAACAAGCCCUAGUUUUAGUAGAGGCCGAAGAAAAAGAUUGUGGUGGAACGCUUCAGGAUUUCGGGCUUAGCGAAGGAGAUGGUAUCAAAAAUGAAAAUCGUGAAGAUACCAUCAUUGUCGAAAUUCCAACAUGGCGUGGUCCUACAGGCCCACAGGCGCGUACGGGACAGACUCCAGCAAAUGGCCAAUCUGUAUCAAGUUUAGGAAAACGCAAGGUACGGAGAAUAGAAGGCGAAGCUGUUUACUCUUCUCCCAUAGUCCCGAAACGAAGACGUGGUAGACCCUCCAAGAAUUAUCAAACGAAUGUGUCAGACUCUUCGCCUGCAAGCUCUUCUCCAAUUUUAAUCUCAGCAUCAAACCAAAGUACACAGGCAACUGCUACUUUCAGGAAAAAAGGUCGUCCAUUUGGGAAUAAAAGUGGAGUCGAAUUGGAGAUAUGGGAGCCGAAUAAGUUAAUGGAACAGACAUGGGAGCCGAAAAAGCCAAUUGAAUAUACAAGUGCAAUCAGACCAAUCAGUCAGCGUAUGUCUGCAAAGAAAUCUCGAGAAAUUACACAAAAUCUAUUGAGCGAGCGGCAGGAUUUCAUGGAAGAUCCCGUGCAAAAUGGAACGGAAGACGUAACGCAAGACCAAAAUCACCACUCUAGACCCACCAAAGAACCCCCAGUUAUUACUCCUUUAGAUAAUGUGUCUAUUCAAAAAUCUCGGGCAGCUCGCAAACUCAGACGCAGACGCAAUAAAGAAUCAAAACAUAAAAAAAAUCUACUGGCAAUUCAACGUAAUCCUGGUUCUGAACAUUCACAGGCGCAAGGGUCGGAAUUUCGGACUAGAGGAACCCUAGCGACUGGAACAAUGCCAGAUAAUAAUACAACUUCUACUUCCUUCAGUGACACAUUGUCAGCUGAAAUGGGCGUCCAGGGACCAGCGACUGAUAUUCCUGUCGGUAGAGGGGAGCAAAGUGAAAGGACUGGAAACCUAAGUUUAAAUGAAGUUCAGGAUAUGCCACAGUCUAUUGUGGAACAAGGAUCUAGAAUGGUCAGUGGAAGUACAGCUUCGACAACUGUUCGCGCCGAACAUGGGAAUGUUGAUGACAAAGUGACAGGAUCUUUAGAAGGAAAUAGAAGUGGAGUUGAAAAGACAGUUGAGUCUAUAGUGCGGUCUAUAAAUGAUACAAUUCAGGCAACUUCCCAAGAGGGGAGCAAUUUCGUGGGGAACCAAAAUGAGAUAGAGAAUAAAUCGCGCAUUUCAAAAGAGGGACAAGAUAAAGUAGGAGGUUCAUCACCAGAAGAUUCAGUUCCAGCCCACACAGAACCCCGUCAGAAUCAACAGCCAUCGCCAAUCGCUGAACCAAAGCCCGCUCAUACCACUACAACCCCUCUAAUCCAAAAUCGAUCCCAAUCAAAUACACCCCUUUUUGAUCCGGCAACAUUUUUCACGUGUUCUUUCGGCCCCGAUGCAAUCCAGCCGCAAUCUUUAACUUCUCCCGUCCAUCGACGCCGCUCUUCACAAGAUUUUCAUCCCACAACAUCGUUCCCUCGCCCAUUGCUGGCAGAUGCAUCAGUCUCAUAUUCCUCACCUCAUCCGCCUUGUUCUUAUCCUCGACGACUUUCACGAGAAGUUGUAAUGGCUGUAUAUAAUCCAAGUCUUUUGAUUCCGAAUAUGACGGAAUCACACAAUUUACCUCCUGCUUCUCAUUAUCUUUCUACAUUUUCCCCAAGUUUUAGCUGCGUGCCAAACUAG